AUGGUUUUACGGCGACCAAUUCAGCGUGCAAGUCUGCGCGUUAGAUUCAAUUCCACUGCACCCGACAAUGCUCCUAAAGCGUCUGAUAACGAGAUUUGGCUGCGAAAACUGAGUAACAACCGAAAACUGGCGCAUGCGCCAGAAGUUAGUCAAAAAAUCCAGCCAGCCAGUUCUAGUCAAGAUCAUAGAAACCGAUUCGAAAUUAUUUCUACUCCACCUGAUACUUCUUUUAUUGGUGUUAAAGCCCCACUUUCCGAAUUUACAAGUUUAAGUCAUAUUCAGUCAAACAACCAACGUCACGCCCAAGCCAAGAAGUUCGUCGAUGUUCGCAUCUUGAAAUGUCGAAGCGGACAAGGUGGUGACGGAGCCGUUUCAUUCUUUAGAGAUGCGGGAAGGGCCAUAGGACCACCUGACGGCGGGGACGGAGGCGAUGGUGGCAGUGUUUUCGUACAAGCCAUUGAAGGGCUAAACAGCUUAGCAAAGUUGAAAACAAGCUACAUUGCUGAGGACGGAGCAAACGGGGCCGCUAAACAGUUAGAUGGAGCACGCGGAAAAGAUGUUUUAAUAUCGGUACCUGUUGGAACAGUUGUCAAGUGGUGCCUGAAUCCAUCCGCUGUUCGAUCAUUCAUCGAAAAAUUCAAAAAUAGAGGAACUGUAAAUCUUCGGCAAUUGCUCGAGCAGAACAAAGUGAGCUUACAAUGUACUGGUCGUUUUGAAAUGGAUCAAAAGCCCUCCUUUAUACAACUUUUCCGGGAGUCUUACGAAGCAGGAGAAGGAUGGCACUUCAAAGGAAAAGACGAAGAAUAUCACCUUGAAAAGAACUGGUUCAAACAACUCAAGGAGAAAGUCAGUAUAUAUGAUCUUGAGCUAGCAAGUUCAGAACUUAGCGCUGACAAGUUCCCUCUGCUUGGGAUUGACCUCGAUAAGCCUAGCGAUCGGCCUAUAUGUUUGGUGAAAGGGGGUAAAGGAGGACUGGGGAAUAUGCAUUUUUUAACAAAUCUUAUUCGGAACCCAAGAUUCUCCAAAAUGGGGCGAAGCGGUUUGGAGCAGUUCUUUAUGUUUGAGUUGAAAAGCCUUGCUGACAUAGGACUUGUCGGACUUCCGAAUGCGGGAAAAUCGACUAUACUAAAUAAAAUUUCCAAAGCUAGGCCUAAAAUCGGACAUUGGGAAUUCACGACAACACACCCAAGCAUAGGAACAUUUAAUGUGGGGGCUGAAGGCUUUGGUUUCACAGUUGCAGACAUUCCAGGUAUUAUCAAAGAUGCUUCAAAGGACAAAGGAAUGGGCCUGGAAUUUUUGCGGCAUAUUCAACGUUCUAAGGGCUGGACAAUAGUUGUGAGCCUGGAAAGGGAAGAUCCUUUGGCUGAUCUACAGCUUCUGAUAAGUGAGUUAGGUGGGAUGGAGGAAGUCGCCAGAAAAAACGUGCUCGUUGUCUGUAACAAAGCUGACAUAGAGCCGCAUAAUCCUCAAUCUUUGGAUAAAUUCCUAGACGUUCAAGGGUUUUGUGAAACGCAAAACUGGGACAUAAUACCUAUAAGUGCAUUGAAAGGAGAAAACAUUGAUCUGCUGAUCGAAAAAAUGGCACGUUGUGCUGAAACUAGUGCGACAUAG